AUGGAAGUUGAAGAUCCAGCCUUAGUGUUGGAGUACGUUGUUUCCCGUGAGUUUCACAAGGAGGCCAAAAGCUCUGAUCCUCAAGAGAUUACAUUCUACAUGGUAGAACUCUUGAGUACUCUCGACUCUUACCAUAGUCAUGUCAUCAUUCACCGAGAUAUCAAGAAUACGAACAUUAUUAUUGAUGUUGAGAGUAGGAGUUUGUGA